GCCCAUUCCCUUUAUUUCGUCACGGGACAUUCCGCUAAUUCUAUUCAUCAUAGUAGACUCCGCCCGUUCCCCCGGGUUCAUCACAGAGGACUCCGCCCACACACUUAUUUCCUCACGGGAGACUACGCCCAUCUCAUUUACGCCAUCACCGACUCCACCUAUUUCAUUUCAUUCGUCACGGAGACUCCGCCCCCAGUUUUGUCACGGGAUGAUCCCGCCCAUUUAUGCCGUUUCCCCCCCUCACCGGGAGGAGGUCACUCUUGUCUGGGUGCGGCACGUUCUUUAGUGUUGGAGGUCUUCUGGCGGCAAUCAGUUGGUCUCUGGUGUUCUGAAAAAAAUUCCGGCUGCACAGAAAAAGUCAGACAUGACUCACUUUGUACAAAAUCUUCGCAACUUACUCAGUAACCAGCCGGAAGAGUUUGAACAAGUUGAGGAGGAGGAUGUUAGGAGGUGGGGGUUGACAGGUAUACGUCUUCGUCCAUACCAACUUAUUGGUUUAAAUUGGCUGAUUAGAUGCCACAGUAUUCAACAUGGCAGCAUCCUUGCAGAUGAAAUGGGUCUUGGUAAAACAUGUCAGUCAAUAUGCUUUCUUCUCUGCCUAACCGGAAGACAAAAGGAGAAAGGUCCUUUUUUGAUCCUGUGCCCACUGUCAGUACUGAAGAACUGGACAGAAGAACUGGCAGGGUUUGCUCCACGACUUUCAGUGGUUGUUUACACAGGAGAUAGGGAUACAAGACAAGCUUUGCAACAAGACUUGAAAAAUUGCAAUUUCCAUGUACUUCUCACCACUUAUGAGAUUUGCUUGAAAGAUGCUUCUUUCCUGAGUAGAUCGAAUUGGAGUGUACUGAUUGUGGAUGAGGCCCACAGGUUGAAGAACCAGAACUCUUUACUGCAUAAGACUCUGAAAUCGUUUUCAGUACGAUUCACACUGCUGCUAACUGGAACACCAGCACAGAACAACCUUCAUGAGCUCUAUUCGCUGCUAAGCUUUGUGGAACCAAAGGUGUUCUCAGGGGAUGAAGUGGAUGAAUUUAUUAAAUAUUACAGCAACGUAGAAGAGGAUGCAGUAAACGCUAAAGAGUUGCACAGUCUUAUGCAUCCAUUCCUCCUGAGAAGAAUUAAAGCUGAUGUUGCUGCAGAGUUACCUAAGAGGAUGGACAUUAUUCUAUAUCAUGGGAUGUCUGUACUGCAGAAAAAGUAUUAUAAAGCCAUUCUAAUGAAGGACUUGGAUGCAUUUGAGAAUGAAAUGGGCAAGAAAACACGAUUGAUGAAUAUCUUAAUCCAACUCAGAAAAUGUGUUGAUCAUCCUUAUCUUUUUGAUGGUGUGGAACCGGAACCAUUCCAGAUUGGGGAUCAUCUUGUGGAAGCAAGUGGCAAACUUCACUUACUGGACAAAUUGCUAGCAUUCCUGCAUUCCAGAGGUCAUCGUGUGUUGGUGUUUUCUCAGAUGGCAAGAAUGCUGGAUAUCUUGCAGGAUUACAUGGAAUAUCGAGGUUACAGCUAUGAACGCUUGGAUGGAUCAGUACGAGGGGAGGAGCGAUAUCUUGCUAUCAAAAACUUUAAUCAACACGAUAUUUUUGUUUUUCUUUUAAGCACCCGAGCAGGUGGUGUUGGAAUGAAUCUUACUGCUGCUGACACUGUGAUAUUUGUGGACAGUGAUUUUAAUCCUCAAAAUGAUCUCCAGGCAGCAGCACGGGCUCACAGGAUUGGCCAGAAAAAGCCAGUCAAAAUUAUUCGGCUAAUUGGAAGAGACACCGUCGAAGAAUUGAUUUACAGACGAGCUAUGUCGAAACUGAAAUUGACAAACACAUUGAUUGAAGGUGGUCAGUUCUCUAUGAAGGAGGGAGAAGAAUUACCUGCAACUUUUGAUAUGCAGUUAAGUGACAUCCUGAAAUUUGGUCUGGAUAAAUUACUGUCUACUGAAGAGAGCACGAUUGAAGAUGUUGAUAUGGAAAAUAUUUUAGGUGAAACCAGGAAUGGAUUGUGGAUCACCAAGGAGCAAUCAGUGCAGACAAUAGAAGAAGAGUCAAAGGGAACAAGCCACAUGUAUCAAUAUGAGGGGAAAGAUUAUUCUAAAGAACCCAGUGCAGCAGAUCAGAAAACUUUUGAGCAACUUCUGGAUCUUCACAAAAUGGUACUUGAAGAAGCCAGUAAAGGAGGAAGAUCACUCCGCACAAAGUCUAAUGUGCUUUUGACUGCUCCACUGGAUCUGUCCAUUAGGAAAAAACGAAUAUUGUCACCUGAAGAACUUGAGCAACGGCGUCAGAAACGUCAAGAGGCAGCAGCUAAACGAGCAAAAUUACUAUCUGAAAAGAAACAGCAGCGAGAAGAGGAAGAACACAAAAAAAAAAUGGCUUGGUGGGAAUCUCAUGGCUACAGAUCUCCCUGUCUUCCAUCGUUGAGUAGUGAGAGUGAGGAUGAAUCCGAGGAGGAUGGAAAUGACCUUCCUGGUGAUCUCGAUUCUACAGAUACAGAACAGACAUCCAUUCAUUAUGUUCUUGGGGAUGUCACUCACCCAAUGGCUGCUGAUAAAGAGGAUGCAAUAAUAGUGCAUUGUGUUGAUGACUCUGGAAGAUGGGGAAAAGGAGGUUUGUUUACAGCUUUGGAAGCUAGGUCAGAUGAACCAAGAAAGCAUUAUGGACGAGCAGGGAAAAUGAAAGACCUUUCUCUGGGAAGUGUUCUUCUAUUUCCCAUUGAUGACAAGGAGUCAAGAAAUACAGGGCAAGACCUGUUAGCAUUGAUAGUUGCACAGCAAAGAGAUCGUUCCAACAAUCUUUCUGGAAUCAAGCUGACCGCUUUAGAAGAAGGGCUACAAAAACUUUACAGAGCUGCCAAGAAAAGGAAUGCAAGUGUGCAUCUCCCACGAAUAGGGCAUACAACCAAAGGAUUUAACUGGUAUGGCACUGAAAGACUUAUUCGGAAGUACCUUUCCUCGAGAGGCAUAUCAACCUACAUCUACUAUUUCAAAAGGUAUAGUGCAUCUGCUUCUGGAUCCUCCGAUUCUGCUGACAACAUAUCAACAAAGCAGGAUAAAGCAAACAAAAGUAGGACUGAGGGAGAUGCUGCCGAACAAUCCGCAGAAAGUUCAGCUAUUCUACCAGAUUUCAUGUCUGGUGUAAAUGUUUACUUCUUCAAUAUAUCAGAAAAGAAGAGGCUAAGCCGUUAUUUGAUUACUUAUAAUGGUGAUGUGGAUCAGAAUUUCUGUGCUGAAACCACUCAUAUUGUGGCACAAGUGGAUGAUUCUAGCCAAAUGCAGGAGUUACAGAGCUACCUACAGGAGAAUCCUACAGCAGUUGUAGUCCAAGCUCGAUGGCUUGAAGUUUGUUUCUCAAAACAGCAGAAGGUUGACACAUUUUCGUAUGAAAUUAAACUAACUAACUCUGAGUGAAGGUUGCAUUUGCAAAAGUCAUCCUGACACCACACUGAAAAUACCAUAUAUGUGGGCUUGGGUUAAGUAUGAUAAAGUAUCUGUUAUACAAAUGUUUUUUCAUUUUAUUUUUUUCAGUUUUUCUUACAUUAUAAAUGUGGCUUUGGCACUGACUACUCAGAUUUGACUUAUUUCUCAAUUUUCUAAUGUUUUACUGUUUUGACAUUACAUUAGUAUUAAGACAAAAAAAAACUCAACUAACAUUUUGCAAACACAAAAACAGAAACUGCUGGAAAUCCGAGUUGGGUCGAGUGAUCCUUCCUCAGAAGAGUGAGAGCUUGGCUUAGGUUCUGUUUUAUUUUAAAGAGGUCAGAAAGUCAUUUGGAACAGUGACCAAAUAUAUCUUUUCCAAAAAGCUAUAUGAUUCAAUUAAGUGAGAUAGCUGGGGUAUUAAUUGAUUAAAUGUUUAAACUACUGAGUCGAUGAAAAACAGGCAAACAGAUCAGAUCAGUUUAGUUUGACUUCUGCUGGCUGAAGAAUCUUGAUUUCAGUUCAGGAUAAUAGUCAUGUUUGCAGAAUGGUUUUAGUUUGGAAGAUCUCCAAGCUGUGAAAGUUUGUACAGAGGUUUUCAAGUUGUCAGAACUGAAAAGGGGUUAAGGCCAUCAAAACUGAAAGUAAGUUUAGGCCAGUAGAACUAGCAAGAAGCCAUGAAACCGUCUUAGUCGUCCAGGAAAGAGUCAGUUCAGAAUGAAAGCAAGAAUCGUAGUGGGAAUUUGAAUACCUGUGAAGGUAUUCUGGAAAACUGGGUUGAAACAGUUUACGUUAAGAUCUUUCUGAAUUGUCUCUUUUUAACUUUUGUCAAAUAGAAUUGUGUUCUUUUGUUAAUUGACAUUGGCAGCUUUGUAUGACCAUGUUGUGUCUAAACAUCAUUGUAACCAACUGCAAAAAAUAAGCUUCUAAUCAAAACUUUACAGAACAUUUGUUUUCAUCUGUUAGAAAAGAAUUCCAAGAUAAAUUAUUUUUGGCUUUAAAUAUUAGAUCUUUCCUCUCGUAAAGAUGAUGGACUAUUGGCUAGAUUUGCAACAUAACUUCUUUUAAAUAUUUGGCCAUUAGAUAUAAAUCUGACCUCUCAUUUCUAUUUAUUAUGAGGUAUCCCAUGCUGUCAUCUGUCAGCAUGUAGCAAUCUUAUGACCUUUUUAUGAGUUUUUUUUUUGCCUUUAGCCUAAUAUGUAUGAAGUUUUAAGCAAAUUAACCCAGACUGGGUGAGUCUCUGAGUGGUCCCAUCUCCAAUGUUGUACAGAGUAGUUGCCUUGGGAAAAAGAAUUGAUGAUAAUUGAGUGCAGGCAGGUUUGUGUUUCUGAAAAAUAUUUAAUAAUUGCCAGCUUAAGACAGUGAUCCUGUUUACUUUGCAGUCCUAUGAUAUAUACAGUACUCUGAUUUGCAAUUUUUGGAAACUACUGUGUUAAGCAUGCCCUGCCACGUUUAUUGUGUUUCAGCUGCAGAUAAAAGUAUCUUUGUGAGGCCAAGAGGAGCAGAAUUGUUUAAACAAUCGAAAUCAUAGAGCCUUCCAGCACUGAGGAGGCCAUUUUCAUUGAAAGAGCAGUCAUACUUAGUUCCCACACCUUGCUUUUGUAUCUGGAAUGCUAUUAAGUUCCUCAUCCAUAAAUAUGUGUUCAACAUCCUUUAAAAAUUAUUUAUGGAGUCCACUACCUUUUCAAACAGAGAUUUUGAGAAUCAAAAAUGUGUCUUAACCUCCUCCUCCUCCUCCCCCAUUCAUCAGUGAUUUUAAAUGAUUAUUGAUUGACUAGUAGUUGAGAAAGCGAGGACUGCAGAUCCCGGAGAAUCAAAGUUGAAAAGUCCAGCAUUGGAAAAGCACAGCAGGUCAGGCAGCAUCCGAGGAGCAGGAGAGUCGAUGUUUUGGGCAA